AUGGAACAAGGAGAAGGUAGUAGUAGUUUGCAACAAGCUGUUAAUCAAGGAGGACGUAAGCGAGGAGUUCUCUAUUUCACCAUUCUCAUUCUUCACUCGAUUUUUAGAGUUUUAGAGUUAGAGUUUGUUGCUUUUUUAAUUGCAAUUUACUUCUAUUUGUUUUCUAUUUGUUCCUUAUUUUUUUUUAUUUGGCUUAGAAAGAUCAAUGAUUAUGGAUGGGACACUGCUGGAUUAUCUGCUGACCCAGAGGCAUUUGCCAAGAACAGGGCUCUUGAGGUGAUUCAUGGAAGAUGGGCUAUGCUAGGAGCACUAGGAUGCAUCACACCAGAAGUACUUGAAAAAUGGGUGAGAGUUGACUUCAAAGAACCAGUUUGGUUCAAAGCAGGAUCACAAAUAUUCUCAGAAGGUGGACUUGACUACUUAGGAAACCCAAACCUUGUUCAUGCACAAAGCAUCUUAGCAUGGUAUGCUAUUUAGAAAUAUGUAUCCCCUAAAAAUAGAAUGCAUCAUUUCUUAAUGAUUACAAAGCAUGGUAUGCUAUUUGGCAUGUUUCUUCUCUGAUGUGAACUGCAUGGACCAUGAUCUAAUUUUAGACGAAGGAAAUUUUAAGAUAGUUUAGGGACUAAGUUAUAACUAUUGAUUCCUUGAUUAAAAUGCUUAAAUUAUUCAUUGAGAAUGUUAUUUUAUAUUUGCUGAUUGAAUGCAAUAUUUAAUGUCACAGUUUGUUGAUUGAAUGCAAGAUGAAGAUGAAUCCCUGGGCAUGUUGCUUCUUGAAUCUGUGGCUUUGUAAUAUCUAUUAGUAGGUGUUAUUAAAAAUGACUCCGAUCUGAAGUCAUAAACCAUGCAGCCAUUUAUUGUAAUAUAUUAUAUAAUAUAGUUAGUUGUAGAAUCAAAUUAAACAAUUAGUAGGUGUUUAUUAUCUAAUUAGUUGUAACCAAAACUUAACAGGGUUAUAUGUUUAUUAUCUCAACAAGUGGUUUGUUGAGUAUUUUAUGUUACUUGUUAUUUA